AUGGCCGAGCAACACAUUACACCGUCGUCGCACUCUGCACUCACGAGAGAGUCCAGCGGGUCUUCUCCUAGCAGGGUGGUGGGCGGUCGGUGGUUGCGUCAGGUGCGUCAAGCGAGUCGCAGUCGCCGAAACAGACGUAACGUGACGUCGCCUCUGCCGCGGUCUGCCAACCGACACUUGAACCGAGUCACUGACACAGAGCCACGCAAGCAAGUCGAACUAAGGAGAAGCUCACGUUUAGUGAAUACUUUGCCUAGGUCUGAUUACUCUAUUUCCGAACGCUGGUCCUACGGAGCGGAUUUCUACGAAACUCGCUACGAUACCCGCUACGAUACCGACUAUAAGAGUGGAGACUCCUGGAAAUACUCAAGUAGUACUAACUCAAAACGCGGUCGGAACUCGUCGUAUGACCGAAAGAAACAAAAACAUCAUUCAACGUCCGCCAGUAGCACCACAGAAGAGUGCGUCGCAUAUUGCACACGUUCACGGACUGCUCUUAAAACCACUGAGAGUGUUUGUGAGCAGUUACCAAACAAUUUAAAAGACCAAACAUUAUCACAAUUAUCCCUCAACCAGGACACUACAGCAACAUCCAUACAGGAGUUCCAGUUAAAUCAGACCGAAGGUGGAUUGUUGCCGUUAGACGAGAGGGACUUUGCCUAUUCACCAUUCAGCUCGUCGACUAUAACCGAAUUGCUCGAUUCUGACUAUUCAGUAUACAGCCCCACUGCUAACCGCAGGAAAGGCAAAAAGAGGAAGCGAUCUUCACAUCGCUCGCUAUCUAGUAGGAAAAGUAAUUGUCUCCUAGAUCUCGAAGAUUGUAAAAAGAAAUUUAAAAUAGAUCCAUAUAAAGAGGUCGACGAAACAAGCGAAGACGCUAUUUCGGACAGCCGCCCAGAGUACGAUUCAGAAAGACCGGAGUCAGCGUCUGCAUCGCAUUCUUCGUGUACUUAUUUGCUACGUAAUAGACAUAACCGUGAGCUCGGACCACCAACUUCAACCGUUAUAAGCGAUAAUUCAGUGAACACUUCUACCAGUGAGGUGGUUCAACAUCAAACGGUGAUCGAAAGGAAGAGUUCAUCAGAAUUUCGUGGAAGGACCGUUACUCCACCACCUUAUAAGGAUUUACAAGGCAAGCUAUUAGUUAAUUAUAAAUAA